AGAGGGGCUCGCGUCGCUGCCAUGGUAACCGACCUACGCCGCACCGUUGCAGCCACGGACCUCCCGAUCACCACCACCACCAACAUCGCUAAAGUUUCACCGUUCGAAUGCAAACGAUCUUACUUGCUUUCUUAUAAACAACAAGACAGUCUCAGGGCGCGUUAGACGACACCCGCGUCCUCUGUCGUGGCCGAGCGCGACGCGUGGAAAUGGCUGAGCUGGGCCUGAACGAGCACCACCAGAACGAGGUGAUCCAGUACAUGCGCUUCGCCCGCUCCAAGCGCCUGCUGCGUCUGAAGACGGUCGACUCGUGCGUGCAGGACCUUAAGGAGAGCCGGCUGGUGGACGACACGUUCACGGCGGAGGAGGUGGCGGACAUGCUGGAGGGGCUGCGCGUGGUGGUGCGCGGGGAGCUUGAGUCGGAGCUCAUCCACACCGCGCACACCAACGUGCUGCUGCUGCGCCAGCUCUUCAGCCAGGCCGAGCACUGGCACCUCAAGCUGCAGGCCGAUGUCUCCGAGCUGGAGAACCGAGAGCUCCUGGAGCAGAUAGCCGAGCUGGAGAAAUCUGAGUUCAUUGCAGCCGGAAAAAAGCCCAGCACGGAGGUCAGCAAGGCGAAGCUGACCCCCCUGAGCGACGUCGGCGCCACCGAGCUGCUCAACAAGGAGAUUCAGCGGCUAAGAGAGGAGAAUGAAAAGCUGAAAGUGCGCAUCAAGAUGGUGGAGACGCAGGCGACCAGCGCACUCGAGGAGAGGUCCCGUCUGGAGAGAAGCCUCAAGGAGGCGUCACUGCACCCACCUGCAGAUCAGCGGUCACCCCCGUCGACGGACCUGAGCGCGCUGGAGCAGCAGGUGUCGGCGCUGCGUGCGGACCUGCAGCGCCAGCAGAGUGCCGGCGCGACCGGAGCUGCGGUCCUGCAGGAGGGCCUCGCCGCCAGCCAGCACGAGCUGCUGCGCAUCAAGCAGCAGCUCGAGGUGGCCGAGAAGGAGCUGGACAGCAAGUUCCAGGACACGGCGGCCUACCGCAACCUCAAGGACAUGCUCGCGCGCAAGAACGACUCCAUCAAGGACCUGCGCAAGCGGCUGUCGCGGUACGAGCCCGAGGACUAGCGCGGUGAAAAUCAUGGUGGGGGGGGCCCUGGCUCUGUGUGGGACCCCCCCCCCCCCGCAACUCCCCAGCCCCCCACUGCCUCACUGCCCACAUUGAAGGGGCCGCAGUAACGACGCCCUUGCCACACACGUCGAUCCAACCCUCCCUCCCUCCUCCUCCUCACCACCCCCCCGCCACCGGCACCACCGACUCCACAGCGCGGCGAGGCCCCUUAAGCCGCACGGCGCUGGCAAACGGGCGUCGCGGCGCUUCAGAGCGGGCGUGGGCAACCUACAGCCCACGGGGGAGGGAUGUUACCCACAACUUAGAAAUAACAGCACCACGCUGCAGAGGUGUGUGUGUGCUGCUGCCGCUCCCGCCGCUGCUGCUCACAAGCAGCAGGGGUUAGCGCUCCGCGCUACGAACACGGCGACCCGAGUUCGAUUCCCGCUCAUGGCCCGCCGACAGUGACGAUGAUAUGAACCGGUUCUGGGCCUCCCCUAUGUCGACUCGGCCUCAAAUGAGUACCUGGUGCCGGUGUGUAAACAUCGCCACGAGGGAGACAAAGGCGGUCGGGCGCGGCCACCGGCCGCCCGUCCCCCUCGUGUGCCGUGCUGUGCCCGGCCUUCAUAGUUGCCCGCUAACGGUACUUGCCCCUACAGUCUUGUCAGGGUUACACGGGGGAUCUUUGUCUUUGUGCACGCGCGCGCGUACGCGUGUUAUUAAUGUGCCCACCGCCCAAAGUUAUUUCAAAGAGUCUUAAUUUGUCCCCCGGUAGGGAAGUCGCCUCCCCACCGCUGCUGCGGAGUGAGACGACGUCGCUCAAAGGAACAACAACAACAACAGCGGCGGCCGCUUUUAUUUCGGUUACCGGAGCAACGUAAAUACACAGAAGUUGUUCGGUCUGCUCCUUCAAAUAGAAAACUGCUGAUUCA